CUAGCCCUUCGUCUCUCUACUCCGCGGUCAUGUAUCACGACCAGACAAGUUCGCCUCAGGGCACUCUAUUCAUCUCUGCCUUCGUCUCUUCGGGAGAAAGAUGCAGCGAUCAACUCGUUUGCAUAUAUACCUGACCACACCUCGAGUGUUGUAGAGGGUCCGCUGAACGGCAUGAGCAUCGCAGUCAAGGACAAUAUUUGCACGAGCACGAUGCCGACGACUUGCUCUUCAGCCAUGCUCAGAGAAUUCACGCCUCCAAUGGAUGCUACUGUUGUACAGCUCUUGACUGAUUCAGGUGCAUCCCUCGUCGGCAAGACGAACUGUGACGAGUUUGGAAUGGGCUCUCUGAACAUACAUUCAAUCCAUGGUGCCGUCGUCAAUCCAUACCAGCCUUCUGGACCCUCAAACGGCGAACUUCGCUCUGCAGGUGGUAGCUCAGGGGGAAGUGCUGCUGCUGUGGCAGCAGGCUUCUGUGAUGCUGCUCUCGGAACUGAUACCGGAGGCUCAAUCCGUUUACCUGCGUCGUAUUGUGGCGUCGUCGGGUUGAAGCCUUCAUAUGGCAUGUUGAGCAGGUGGGGUGUGGUCUCUUUUGCUGACAGCCUUGACUGUGUGGGGGUCUUGGGGAAGGACGUUCACUCCACGCAACGCGUAUAUGACAGACUCUCUGUACACGACCCCAAAGAUCCGACGUGCGCCCGUCUGGAGACGCGUGAAGCCGCCCAACAAAAUUGCGCGGAGAAUAUGUCGUCCUGGGCAUCCGCGUCAGGCGACCUUACGGGCCUCAGGAUCGGUAUACCCCAGGAGUAUUUCCCCGACACACUGUCACAUUCCAUCCUCACGCCGUUCCGUCGUCUCGUCCGCUCCCUCAUAGCGCGCGGAGCCUCCAUCGUCCCCGUCUCCUUACCAAAUACAACGUACGCGCUGAGUGCAUACUAUGUCAUCUCCAGCGCAGAAGCCAGCAGCAACCUUGCGCGGUACGACGGCGUGCAGUACGGAUUGCGAGUGGCUGUAAACCCCGCCGACUCCGCAUCUCAUACGACCGCCCUCACGUAUACUAAGACGCGAACAGUAGGCUUUGGUCCUGAGGUGAAGAAGCGCUUACUCCUCGGGACAUACGCACUUACCGCAGAUGCAUUUGACAACUAUUUCCUCCAAGCCCAACGCGUACGACAGCUCGUCCAUCAAGAUUUCAUGCGCGCCUUCAUCGUAUCCGACCCACUCUCUGAGACGACUUCGACGUCCGCAGCCCCGAACCCCAACGGCGUCCAUGUACUCCUCCAUCCAUCCGCCAUCCGCACAGCGCCUCGCUUGUCCCCACCAAACGAAGCAUUAGAAAAGACAGGCUCGCUAGACGUGUAUGUGCAGGACGUUCUGACAGUCCCGGCCUCCCUCGCAGGACUGCCGGCGGUCAGUGUACCGAUGAAAGUCGGACCGAGUGAGAAGAGCAGUGAUCGUGAUGUUGACGGUGGUGAGGUGGGUGAUGGGUGGCCCGUUGGUGCUAGCUUGGUCGGUCAGUGGGGCUGCGAGAACAUGAUUCUACGUGUCGCGAAGGCCAUCGAAGAUAUCCAAAAUAGUUAGGGAAGUCUGGCCUACGGUGAAUAAGAAAAUCACACAAUGAUGUUAGUAUUAUUGUUACUGAUGAGUCGUGUGGCAAGAUAGCCGUAUCAAUGUUCUCCAUCUUCCUUCCAUACCAACCAGUCGCAACAAGUAAAUAUUCGAGUGUGAUUACACACAAAUGGCUAAAUUCUUGGCUAAAGUCACAGCCAGCGCCGAGUAGCGUUCGUUGAAGUGGAGUUGAUGU